AGAGCAGCCACCAAAACCACCAGCAGCCCGUCCGCGCCGGGAAAUGCGCCCUCGCUGGCCUACAAGGCCACUCAGACAGUUCUAAGUGCCUUUCCCUGUAACGCAGAGGCACACCUGCCUUCCCUCGGGAAACAGCGGCCGGACGUGCGCCGGCAACGCGUAAAGCGUCAACAGCUGAAACCCUCCGAAUCCUCCCCAAACAAAAACAACCACCGCUGCCAGCUGCGCGCUCGGGGGAAAAGACGUUGCGCCCCCGCCGAUUGCCGGUUUCCGGGGCGCGAGCCCGGAUCCCAGGUGGUCAGUCCCGGUACGCAGCCACCGCGAGGACCCGGGCCUGCUAAGGGAAAAGGGAAGCCGUUUCCCGCGGGCUUCAUACAGACACGGUGGUAAGACAGCCCGAGUCGCGGACCAAUCCAACAGGCAGGCGGAUCAGUGGGCAGCCCGCGGGCGCGAGGACCCCGGUGGCGGCGCCGGGUGGCGGGAAGGGGGAAGUUUCAAAGCCAGCUGACCUGGUUGUGGCCGCUGGGCGAGAUGAAGCUACACUGUGAGGUGGAGGUGAUCAGCCGGCACUUGCCCGCCUUGGGGCUUAGGAACCGGGGCAAGGGCGUCCGAGCCGUGUUGAGCCUCUGUCAGCAGACUUCCAGGAGUCAGCCGCCGGCCCGAGCCUUCCUGCUCAUCUCCACCCUGAAGGACAAGCGCGGGACUCGCUAUGAGCUAAGGGAGAACAUUGAGCAAUUCUUCACCAAAUUUGUAGAUGAGGGGAAAGCCACUGUUCGGUUAAAGGAGCCUCCUGUGGAUAUCUGUCUAAGUAAGGCCAAUUCCAGCAGUUUAAAAGGUUUCCUUUCAGCUGUGAGACUGGCUCAUAGAGGCUGUAAUGUUGAUACACCAGUUUCAACGCUCACACCAGUGAAGACUUCAGAAUUUGAAAACUUUAAAACUAAAAUGGUUAUCACAUCCAAAAAAGACUAUCCUCUAAGUAAGAACUUUCCAUAUUCUUUGGAACAUCUUCAGACUUCUUAUUGUGGGCUUGUCCGAGUUGACAUGCGUGUGCUUUGCUUAAAAAACCUUAGGAAAUUAGACUUGAGUCACAACCAUAUAAAAAAGCUUCCAGCUACAAUUGGAGACCUCAUACACCUUCAAGAACUUAACCUGAAUGACAAUCACUUGGAGUCAUUUAGUGUAGCCUUGUGUCAUUCUACACUCCGGAAGUCACUUUGGAGUUUGGACCUCAGCAAGAACAAAAUCAAGGCACUCCCUGUGCAGUUUUGCCAGCUCCAGGAACUUAAGAAUUUAAAACUUGAUGAUAAUGAAUUGAUUCAAUUUCCCUGCAAGAUAGGACAACUAAUAAACCUUCGCUUUUUGUCAGCAGCUCGAAAUAAGCUUCCAUUUUUGCCUAGUGAAUUUAGAAAUUUAUCCCUUGAAUACUUGGAUCUUUUUGGAAAUACUUUUGAACAACCAAAAGUCCUUCCAGUAAUAAAGCUGCAAGCACCAUUAACUUUAUUGGAAUCUUCUGCACGAACCAUAUUACAUAAUAGGAUUCCAUAUGGCUGUCAUAUCAUUCCAUUCCAUCUCUGCCAAGAUUUGAAUACCGCAAAAAUUUGUGUUUGUGGAAAAUUCUGUCUGAACUCUUUCAUUCAAGGAACUACUACCAUGAAUCUGCAUUCUGUUGCCCACACUGUGGUCUUAGUAGAUAAUUUGGGUGGUACUGAAGCACCUAUUAUCUCUUAUUUCUGUUCUCUAGGCUGUUAUGUAAAUUCCUCUGAUAUGUUAAAGUAAUGGGUGAGACCAGAAAAAGAAAUUUCAAUAACAGAUCAGUUUGGGGUGCAUGUAUGAUUUUGCAGCGUCAAAUUGGAGUAAGGGAAGAUUUCUGUAUACUUGCUGGAGAGGAGGAAUGUGUAUAGUUACUCAUUUAAAUGACUCCAAAACUUUUAUUAAAACCAAUUUUAAUUUUA